UAUCAAUUCAAUCAUCCACAGUCCCACGCGACUGUCUCCGACAUCUUCGUUUCUUCGAUCACGAUGGCCAUGGAUGACGGAAGGGUAGCUCUUCUCGCAGCAAAAAGGAGAGGAUUCACUCGCAGCGCCUCCCACGCUUCCGAUGAACUCCAGAGUUUCCGAUCAUGGCUCCGGUGGAUGUGUGUCGAUCAGUCUAAUGGUUGGACUGCUUCGCUCUCGUGGUUCGUCUUCAUCAUCUUCACCUUCGUCGUCCCUAGCUUUUCUCAUUUCUACCUCGCUUGCAGCGAUUGUGAUAAUCGGCAUGCCAGGCCCUAUGAUAGCCUUGUUCAAUUGUCUCUGAGUGGUAUCGCUACGCUGUCAUUUAUUUCGCUCUCGCAAUUCGUGAGGAUCUAUGGACUUCGUAGGUUUCUGUUCUUUGAUAAGCUUUGUGAUGAAAGCGAGAUCGUUCGAAAGGGGUAUACAGAACAUCUCCAUAGAUCUCUCAAAAUCCUCUCCAUCUUCGUUGUCCCAUGUUUUGCAGCCGAGAGUGCAUACAAGAUCUGGUGGUAUACUUCAGGUGCAACAGCCAUUCCCUUCUUAGGAAAUGUUAUAGUGAGCGACUCAGUAGCAUGCAUCAUGGAACUCUGCUCAUGGCUCUACAGAACAGUGGUGUUUUUCCUAGUCUGUGUUCUCUUUCGCCUCAUCUGUUGCCUUCAAAUCCUUCGUCUACAAGAUUUUGCACAAGUCUUUCAAGUUGAUUCAGAUGUCGAAUCUGUAUUAAGAGAACAUUUAAGGAUCAGAAGGCACUUGAAAAUCAUAAGCCAUCGUUAUCGUGCUUUCAUAACAUUUGCCCUCAUCAUCGUCACAGUCAGUCAGUUCGCUGCACUUCUUGAUACCACCCGCAAGAAGGCUGACCUCAGCAUUUUCAAAUCCGGUGAACUUGGAUUGGUGUCUGUAAGCUUGCUUGCGGGGUUAAUGAUAUUGCUAAGGAGUGCAGCAAGGAUCACACACAAGGCACAAGGGGUGACGUGUCUGGCUGCAAAAUGGCACGUGUGUGCAACAAUUGACAUCUUUGAGUCACCGGAGGCGGAUACAGAAACCCCAACUGCGGGUGGUGUUUUUGGGCUCCCUUUUGAACCACCGUCUUCUGACUUUGAUGAUGUUGGUAGUGAAGAAGAUGAGUUGGACAACACAAAAAUCAUACCUGCGUAUGCUUAUAGCACAAUCUCUUUCCAAAAAAGGCAAGCCUUAGUGACGUAUUUUGAGAACAACACAGCAGGGAUAACCGUUUUUGGGUUUAUGCUGGAUAGGAGUUCGCUACAUACCAUAGCCAUGAUAGAAAUGUCCCUCGUCUUGUGGUUGCUUGGAAAAACCAUUAAUGAAAUUUCAUGAAAACCAUAUCUCAUAUAUCCGCCACAAAACAAAAAAAAAUAACAAAUGCAUGCUUUCGGAAAACUUGUUAUCUUCUAGUUUUGCCAAACGGACUGAACCAGUCUGGUUCAGCCUCAGUUUCAUCAUGUGCACCAAACGCUACUUGAAUGUGUAGAAAGGGGUGGAGAAACUCCAAAAAAGGGAAAGGUGUAUGGAGAGCCAUUUAUAUGCUUUGUUAAUUAUUUGUGUUGUUUCUUCUUUCUUUCAUUCUUUUGUUAUUUAUUUCAUUGCUGCGUUUGGUCACAGAGUAAACUAGUAUGUAACAUAAAUGCAGUUGGUGAUAUACAUGUCGUAUCCAAUUGCUCAGCUCUAUGUAUGGUUUUGUUGAAAUCGGACUAAAUAUAUCAUCA